AUGUCUUCUAGGGAACUGCAAAUCAAAACCACAUCGAGAGCCCUCCUUGCCGACGCCAUACUCCAGUUUCUGCUUGGAUUUACUCUUGGCAACGUGGUGGGAAUAUAUCUGGCUCAAAACCAUGACAUACCAAACCUGGCUAAAAAGCUUGAAGAAAUUAAAAAGGAUGUGGACACCAAGAAGAAACCCCCUAGUUCGUGAGGCUGACUCCAGCACUGCCUCCUGGAUAAACUGAUUCUCCUGUUCUUGAGGGCCUCCUUUACCAUCUGAACCAAAAGCUUUUGUUUUAAUCUCCAGCCUCAGCAGUUUUCUUCUUUGCUAGACCCUGCAUUGCCUUACAGCACAAAUGGAGCCACAAGUAAAGAACAGACCUUACUUUUCCAACAUCCUCACUUCUUCCCUUCCUCC